CAGACAUCGUCAAGGCAAGACAACUACAUAUUUGUGGCGCGGAUUUAGCGCAAACUGCUAGAAUGUCGCGCGUUUACAAACCGACCGACUAUGUUGUCAAUAAAUCCUGGGUGCCCACCCUACAAAAAUACAAAGAGAUGUACAAAAAAUCAAUAGAUGAUCCAGAAGCUUUUUGGUCAAAAAUAGCCAGUGAAUUCCACUGGGAGAUUCCUUACCAGCCCGGCAAUUUCGUUUCAUACAACUUCGAUGUCGACAAGGGGGAUAUUUUUAUUAAGUGGAUGGAAGGGGCUGUAACCAACGUUUGCUUCAAUCUUUUGGACCGCAACGUGAGAAAUGGCCAUGGGGAUAAGAUCGCCUACUACUGGGCCGGCAACCACCCGGAUGACUAUAGCCGCAUCUCAUACAGAACCUUAUUGGACGUGGUUUGCCAGUUCAGCAAUGCUUUAAGGAGUCAUGGAGUCAAAAAGGGUGAUAGAGUAUCAAUUUACAUGCCCAUGAUCUUGGAGACAGUUGUAUGCAUGUUGGCAUGUGCCAGAAUCGGCGCAAUACAUUCUGUCGUGUUUGCAGGAUUCUCACCGGAUUGUUUGGCGGAGCGUAUGGCCGAUUGUAAAGCUAAAGUCCUAGUAACCUCUGACUGUGCUUGGAGAGGCGAAAAGCUUCUCACCUUGAAGAAAACAUGCGACGAAGCGUUAGAAAUUGCGAGGACAAAAAAGAAUCACAAAGUGGACAUGUGCAUAGUUGUCGCACACCUUAAACGGGUCACACCUUGUGGGCCUAUGCCUAACAUCGAAACAUUGUAUGAAUGGCAUGACGAUAUUGAUGUUUGGUGGCAUGAUAUCAUUGAGGAUCAAUCGACUAUCUGCCAGCCUGAGUGGAUGGGCGCUGAGGAUCCACUCUUCAUGUUAUACACAAGUGGGUCUACGGGCAAGCCAAAAGGCGUCCUGCACACAACUGCUGGCUACCUGCUGUACGCGACGGCUACCUUCCGUUACGUGUUCGACUACCGUCCCCAAGACAUCUACUGGUGCACCGCUGAUGUUGGCUGGAUCACUGGCCACACAUACGUCGUCUACGCGCCGUUGGCCAACCGCGCCACAUCUGUGCUGUUCGAGGGCACACCAUUCUAUCCAGACAACGAUCGGUACUGGGCUUUGAUUGAAAAAUAUAAAGUUACCCAGUUCUACACUGCGCCCACUGCCAUCAGAUCUCUCAUGAAAUUUGGUGAAGAAGCCGUGAAAAAGCAUAAGGUGAACUCGCUGCGUGUUUUGGGCAGCGUGGGAGAACCGAUCAACCCGGAGGCUUGGCUCUGGUAUUACAACGUCGUCGGCAAUGGCAGAUGCUCCAUAUCCGACACAUUCUGGCAAACUGAGACUGGUGGCCACGUUCUUACUAGUCUACCUGGAGCCACACCUAUGAAGCCUGGAGCUGCUGGUUUCCCAUUCUUCGGAGUUGAGCCGAUGCUGCUGGAUGAGAACGGCGUGGUAAUUGAGGGUGAAGGCGAGGGCUACUUGGUGUUCUCGAAACCAUGGCCCGGCAUCAUGAGGACGCUCUUCGCAGAUCACAGCCGAUACGAAAGUGUUUACUUCUCUAAAUUCAAGGGCUACUAUUGUACUGGCGAUGGUGCUAGGCGCGAUGAAGAUGGAUUCUUGUGGGUUACUGGGCGCAUUGAUGAUAUGCUGAACGUUUCUGGUCACUUGAUGUCGACCGCCGAAGUUGAAGGCGUCCUUACCGAGGAGCCAAGAGUCUCUGAAGCCGCGGUCGUCUCAAAACCUCACCCAGUUAAGGGCGAAUCUCUCUACUGCUUCGUUAUUCUCGUCGAAGGUGCUAAAUUCGACGCUGAUUUAGUUGCUGCUCUGAAGAAGCUCGUUAGGAACAGGAUUGGUGCCUUCGCAGCCCCGGAUGUCAUCCAAUACGCGCCAGGGUUACCUAAGACUAGGUCUGGUAAGAUUAUGAGAAGGAUACUGAGAAAAAUUGCCCUCGGAGACGAGAAUAUUGGCGACACUUCAACAUUGGCUGAUCCAUCUGUUAUAGUGGAACUUUUCAAAAAUCGGCCUUAAAUAGUAUGAUGAUGUUAUCAUUCAUCAUUACAGUUGUCGGUCGACACGCUUUUUAUUUUUAUUACUAAAUUUUUUUAUGCGAACUAUAUAAUUAGUUCAGUGUUUGUAAUGCACAAUUUUUUGUAGUUAUAUUAUGAUGAGCUUCGUUAUUAGUUCACAUACAAUUUAGAUGUUUAGAGAAUAAUAAUAAACUACUAUAUUAUGCUACUAAAAC